CCUGGAUUCCCCUCACCAACCCCCUCCUGCUGCUGUCUCUGGUUUGUGGCCAGUGUACAGCAAGAGCACAGCCCAGAAAUGGUGUAGGAGAUCAGGAGAAGAGGAAGAAAUCAAACCCACGGAGGAACAUACAAGGCCUAAGGCUUAAGUUAAAGCUUGCAAAGAUUGUGCCAGCGGGGCAGUCGUGGGUCCAAGCUGAAGCGUCAGGGUGGCACCAUGGAGGGUGAGCAGGGUCCUCCUGCUUCCAUUGCCAGCAUGGCAAGCACCUCCAGCUCCUCCACAAACACUACAAGUUCUACAAACAGCAACAGCAGCACACCUAACACAACCAACACCACCAACACCUCAAUUGUCCCCAGUGUCAGCUCAAGCAGCAGCACCAGCAGUGGCAGACAAACUGUUUCCCAAAUAUCAGUAUACAGUGGGAUACCUGACCGACAAACUGUACAGGUUAUUCAGCAGGCAUUGCACAGGCAGCCCAGCACAGCGGCUCAGUACCUGCAACAGAUGUACGCGGCUCAGCAGCAGCACCUUAUGCUUCAGACAGCAGCACUGCAGCAGCAGCACCUCAGCACAGCUCAGCUCCAGAGUCUGGCAGCUGUGCAGCAGGCCACUUUAGCUGCUGGUAGGCAGAGCUCUACACAAAACGGCACAACAUCCACCCAGAGCGGAUCCUCACAAACUACAAUUAAUCUAACAACGUCUCCUGCCACAGCUCAUUUAAUAAGCCGUGCCCAGAGUGUAAACUCCUCCCCUUCCGCCAUCUCUCAGCAGGCUGUGCUGCUAGGCAACGCCUCGAGCCCCAGCCUCACAGCCACCCAGGCGCAGAUGUACCUGCGUGCACAAAUGGCUCAGCAAAAUAACCUGGUGCAUGUAGCUAGGAGUCUUGGCCGAGCUGUUCCUCUUUCUCCCCAGCUUAUCCUCGCUCCCACAGCUACUGUGACUGCUCUCCAGUCUGACACCAGUGGAACCAGCAACACCCAGUCUGCGUCUGCACAGGUCCAGAAUCUUGCCCUUCGCAGUCAUCAGGGGGUGACGUCCUCCUCUCAAUCCACUGGUCUACAGGCCCUGAGCCUUAAGCAGACUCCUGUCUCCAUCCAGCCUACUCCACUCAUCAAGACCCCUAGCCAGAGUGUCUCCAACUCAGGAACCAUCACAGGGAAGGGUGGGCUCCCUAUGCUCACCACUGAUGGAGGGAAGAAACCAGAGAGCGGCGAGCCUGAAGCCAAGGCAGUGAAUAUGAGCCGCAGUGUGACAUCGACUCAGCCCCUUAUCGCACCAACCUAUGCCCAGAUUCAACCCCAAGCUCUCAUCAAGCAGCAACCACAACAGUUUGUCAUUCAAUCCCAAGCUCCACCCACUCCUCGAAUGCAGACCCAAUUAUUACAGACUGCCUCAAUCCAGCCCCACCCACAAGCAACUGCCUCACUUGGCCUCCAGAGUACCACAGCUGGAGGACCUGUCCCUGUCUUGCCUAAACCACCAGCUCUCAGCCAGGGAUCAGCUCAGAGCCAACAGGCCACCAUCUUCCAUUCCACAGUGAGCCAGCACUCAGGCCUGAACCAGUCUAAAUCUCAGCCCGUCCAGCUUACAGCCAUCAACCUGCAGAUCCAACCUGCACAUAGCCAGGCGUCCAGACUUGCUCAGGACAGUAAAGAUAAGCCUACAUCCCUGGUAAUAAGAGAGAUUUGUCAGCCUCUUGUUGCCCAGUUGCCUACAUCUGCACCACCACAGGACACCAAUCCACCAGAGCCACCUAAAGCAGACACUGGGACUGUCACAGAUCAAACUCAAGCAGGAGCAGUGGAGACUCCGAGCACAGCCGCCAUGACCCCCCGAGGAGAAACUGAGCCGGCCAACGGUGAAAACAAACCACCUCAGGCCAUCGUGAAGCCCCAUGUGCUCACACAUGUGAUUGAAGGCUUUGUCAUCCAAGAGGGAGCUGUACCAUUUCCAGUGGAGAGGUCUCCAGUUCAGUCAGACAACCUUAAGAAAUCAGAGAAGCCCCUGCCUUCAGACUCACAGACAACCCCACUGAGCAACGCCCCCACCACCACUGACUCUGAACCGGAGGAACCCUCUCAACAAGAUCCAGCAGUGAGAGAUGAGGAGGAGGCAGAAGAGCCCAAGUUGACGUGUGAGUUGUGCGGAAGGGUCGACUUUGCCUACAAGUUUAAAGGCUCCAAGCGCUUCUGCUCGGUGGUGUGUGCAAAAAGGUACAACGUCGGUUGCACAAAACGGAUUGGUCUCUUCCACCCUGACCGUUCCAAAACAGCCAGUCGGUGGAGACGAAGGUCACAAAGUCGAAGUUGCAGAAGCACAGAGUCCAAGAAACAGAGGUUGUCUGUUUGCCAGCAGUCUCAGGGCGAAUCUGUGUCCUCUCCACUCCCCUCUCAACCCAGUCAAGGAGAGUCCAGUCCUUGCUCAGACAUCUCCAGUUACGAAGAGCCACCGUCUCCUCUAUCUGCAGCCAGCUCCAGCCCUGUGGGGCCACCCCGAGGACCCUCCACCUCCGAUCCGGAAGACAUUCCAACACUCAGCCAGCACUUCCUGCCAUGUGACCCUACCAAGUGGAAUGUGCAGGAGGUGUUUGAGUUCAUCCGCUCUCUGCCAGGUUGCCAGGAAAUUGCUGAUGAAUUCCGUUCUCAAGAGAUUGAUGGACAAGCCAUGCUGCUACUGAAGGAGGACCAUUUAAUGAGUGCUAUGAACAUCAAACUAGGUCCAGCGCUCAAGAUCUUCGCCCGCAUUAACAUGCUCAAAGACUCCUAGCCUCCGAAGGCAGAGUGAGAGAGUGUGUGUGGGUGUGAUUUAUGCGAUUCACAGUGGUCAUCUAAAGAUGACCUCACAAUUACAGAUGCACUAUGAUGUUUAAAAAAAACUGUACCUCCUGAAGGUCAAUAAAUGGAAGGAAGCUAAGAUAUAGUAUCUAUGAAGGAUGGCACAAACAGCAAUGUUGACUCAUAAAGUACACAGUACCUUUGAGAAUGCUGAAGAGCAGUACACCGGCACAUGAUGUUUAAAGACACUCUUGAUAUCAGAUGGCACAAGGUCUAAACUUUCACAUCCAUUAUACAUCCAUACUGUACGUGAACGGAGUGAUUUCACAUUUUAUACCUUGCCCUAUUUACAACUGUAUAAUAUUGUUCAUUUCAGAAGUUAUUUUAUCUUUUUGUACAUGCUUGAUCCUUUUAUAUUAUUAUGUUCAAGUAAAUUAUUCAUACGUG